AUGCAAAAAGUCUUGAUUGUUGUAUUCCUAUUGAUUAAAUAUAUAGUAGCAAAGACAGCAAUAAUAGAACCUAAAGUGUUAAACAAUGAAAACAAAGCGCUAGUAUCUCACGGACAAUUGUUUGAUAUCCAGAAAUAUCCAUUCAUGGUCUACUUUGAUUAUAAAAUAAAUUCUGGAAAACGUGGCAUGUGCACAGGCUCGUUGAUUUUACCACUAUUCGUAUUAACCGCGGCACAUUGCACAAACAAAGUUGAUAAGUAUGAUAUAGUGGUGUACCGAUAUAUUAACACAAGGAUAAAGUUUAAGAGAUAUGUUAAAACCAUUUAUCAACACGAAUCAUAUGAUCAUUAUACAGGAAAAAAUGAUAUUAGUUUAUUGAGGAUAGAAUAUCCGUUCAAGGAUGUGAGCCAUUAUAUAAAUAUUUCUGGCCAUCCUAAUGAAUUUAGUAAUGCAAAGAGCUUGAAUUGUAUAGGUAUUGGAUAUGGACAAACUGAAAAAUUGUUGCAUCGGGAAAAUGUUGGAUAUAUGACUAACUUAAAUAUAAUGUAUGGUCAUGAAAAGUGUUUGUUUCACCUUUUACCUAAAACAGAAUUCUCAUCGAAAAAAACUUUGUGUUCACAACCAAGUAUUCAUAAUCUAUGUCCUGGGGACAGCGGAGGACCAUUGAUAUGUAACGGAUAUUUAUAUGGAUUAGCUAACUUUGUGUACAAUGUACAUCAUCCAGAAGAAAAAUUGGAUAUCCGAUAUUACUUUAAAUGCGGGAAACCUAAAAAAACUGUCUGA